CUCCCACAAGGAUCCUGCCUUGCCUCCCGCCCGGCGCCGCUCGCCGUCACUCCCUGGGAGACUCUGAAGGAUGCUGUCCUGCAGACACUUGGGUCUGCUGGCACUCCUGGCGCUCGGCCAAGGCUGGGAGGACGCGGGCGACCACUGCGACAACUUCACCGACCUGAACCUGUCCCACUGCUUCAUGGGCACCAGCUUGUACGUGCGCCUGCUCCUCUACACGCGCUCCAACCUGGGCUGCGGCCGCGAGCUCCACCACCACCUCUUCCCCUCGCAGCCGCUCUUCAACCUCUCCCGCCCCACCGCCUUCGUCAUCCACGGCUACCGCCCCACCGGGGCGCCGCCCAUCUGGAUCGACCACCUCGUGCGCCUGCUGGUCGAGCAGGAGGACAUGAACGUGAUCGUGGUGGACUGGAACCGGGGGGCCGCCAACCUCAACUACAUAGCCGCCGUGGCCUACACCAGGGACGCGGCCUCCAACCUGACAGGGUUCAUCAGGAACAUGCAGGAGGAAGGAGCCUCGCUGAGCUCACUUCACCUCAUCGGGGUCAGUUUGGGGGCUCACCUGGCCGGCUAUGUUGGCGCCAACCUGAAGGGAAAGAUUGGACGGAUCACAGGUUUGGACCCGGCAGGGCCCCUCUUCAACAGCGCCACCCCAGACGACAGGCUGGACCCCUCGGACGCCAUGUUUGUUGACGUGCUGCACACCGACAUGAACUCUUUCGGCCUAAGAGGCGCUCACGGUCACAUCGACUUCUACGCUAACGGUGGCGCAGAUCAACCAGGAUGCCCCAAAACCAUAUUUGCAGGAAAGUCUUACUUCGUGUGCGACCACCAGCGUUCUAUGCUUUUGUACCUGUGCGCACUCAACCACACCUGCAGCCUGACCGCCUACCCGUGCUCGUCCUAUGCCGACUUCCUGGACGGGCGCUGCAUGCAGUGCGAGGCCUUUAGGCCCGCCCCCUGCCCCCAGCUCGGUUAUGACAUCAGCCAAUGGCGAGAAAGCCUCCUGCGUUUGGGGCAGACCAAAGUCUUCUUCAGCACCACGGCCACCCUUCCCUAUAGGAAGCUCAACUACAGGGUGGACAUGGUGACAUGGAACCAGUACCUCCGUUGGGGGGUGGUGUACAUCCGCCUCCACAGUGGCAGGACCUUCUCGGAGGCCCGGAUAGACCAUCAGCUCCUGCGCUUCGAGCAGUACACGUCCACGCGUCUCCUGGCCCAGUUCGACGAGGACCUGCCGCACGUGCACAAGAUCUCCCUGCGCAUCAACACCGGCAACGUGAUCGGCCCGCGCUACAAAAUCAGACUGCUGCGGAUACGACUGACGCCGCUGGAGCACCCGGAAAGGCCGCUGAUGUGUCGCUUUGACAUUAUCAUGGAGGAGAACACGGAGGUGGCGUUCAGGCCGUUGUCAUGCGACUCCCGCCUCUAACUGCACGCCCCUGGCUGC